CCGGUCAAGUUCAUCUCCGGAGCUCCGCCUCCCGAACUGUUUGUGGGUGCCCAGGGGACCCCGUCCGUUGACGACGUUGGUACUUUCAACGGUGGAAGUUACCGAAUCAGCCACCGGGACAGCAACACCAUCUUGACCAUCCAACUGGCCUUCGGGUGCACCCUUCUCGCCAUGUCUCCGACGGUCAUACUGCGAGGUGCCGUCAAGUUCAGCAUGAAAAAGCUCGUCGCCGGUGCCGAGCUCGCCCAGUCCACCUUCACGGGUCCCGGGGAGGUGCUCCUCGCGCCCGCCAUGCUCGGUGACAUGACCAGCCUCCGGUUGACGGGCAAAGAGACGUGGUCGGUGGGCCAGGACGCCUACAUUGCCAACACCCAGGGCGUCAACACCGACUACAAGCGCCAAGGCAUCGGCAAGGCCAUGUUCAGCGGUGAGGGCUGGUUCGUGUACAAGAUUACCGGCGUUGGUCUCCUCUGGAUCACGAGCUUUGGCGCCAUCAUUCGGAAAGAUCUCAUCGACGGUGAGAAAUAUAUCGUCGAUAACGGUCACUUGGUGGCGUGGAACACAAAAUACGUGAUCGAGCGAGUUGCAUCGGGCGGUAUCAUCUCCGGCCUCUCCUCCGGAGAAGGUCUCGUGUGCAAGUUUACUGGUCCAGGCACCGUCUAUAUGCAGACACGCAAUGUGGUACGUUACACAUCUCCCCGCGUGCACAACGGCGAAUUGCAAGUGAGCGCAGAAAUGCUGAUAUACGGUCGUAAUAGAAACGGUUCCAGGCCUAUCUGA